AUGUUAUUUAGUGCCCUUACGAAGCAAAGAUGUGCAUUUUCUUCAACAAUAAGACUUUUUUCCUUGACAUCAUGGACUCGUUCAGAUUUUGCAGAUCUGAGAACUCUGUCCCCUACAGAAGGACUGCCAUCAAGUGUGGAUGUUGUGAUUUGUGGGGGAGGAGUUGUAGGUGCAUCAGUGGCCUACCAUUUAGCUCAAAUGGGUUGGGGGCCAAGGACAAUACUCUUAGAACAGGCAAGUCUUGGCGGUGCCCCGACAUGGAACACCAUAGGUCUUGUCGGUGUCUUCAAACCAACCUUAGCUCAAGUAAGACUUUGUCAGACAUCAAUGGACAUGUUUCGUGAUCUUAAAGAGCUAGGCCUUCCAACUGGCUGGAAACAAUGUGGAAGCUUAUGCUUAGCAAGAACUAAUGAUAGAAUGACAGUUUUCAGAAGAAUGAAAUCUCUCUCUGUAUCUUGGAAUAUUGAUUGCGAACUAGUCACUCCGAUCGAAGCUCAAAGGAAAUGCCCCUUAAUUGCCAUUGAUGACCUAAAAGGUGGCUUGUGGAUUCCUGGUGAUGGUGUUGGUGACCCAUAUACUCUUUUAAACUCAUUAUUGAAAGUAGCUGUAAGCAAAGGACUUCGAGUAUAUGAAAACUGUUCUGUAUCAACUGUGCAAGCAAAAAAUGGUCGUGUGGACAAAGUGGUUACUCCUUAUGGGGAAAUAAACUGCUCAGCAUUUGUGAAUACUGCAGGUUUCUGGGCAAGAGAGCUAGGAGCGAGAUCUCGGCCUCCUGUCAAAAUUCCUAUCCACCCAGUGGAGCACUACCAUCUUCUUACUGUUCCUAUGAACAUAGAUCCAAUGAUGCCUGUUGUCCGUGAUCUGGAUGGAUACAUAUAUUUUAGAGAAUAUGAAGGGUGCAUUGUAGCAGGAGGUUUUGAGCCAGUUGCAAAGCCUGCUUAUGAAAAUGGAAAAAUACCGAAUACUCAGGCUGAUCGUAGUCUUCCUGAAGACUGGGAUCACUUUAGCGUGCUUUUAGAGCAGCUAUUAAUUCGAAUUCCUUCUGUGGGUGAUAUUCGGCCUCAAAAACUGAGUAACCUACCUGAAGCAUUUUCACCUGAUUGUAAGUGGGUGGUUGGUGAAGCUCCAGAGGUAGAAAGGUACUACAUUGCUUCUGGAAUGAAAACAGUUGGUAUUUCAGCCGCUGGUGGAGUCGGAAAAGCUAUUGCAGAACUUAUAACCAAUAAUAAAACUUCUUAUGAUAUGUACGAAAUAGACAUCAGUAGAUUUCUAGGACUACAUAAUAACACAAAAUUUCUAAGGGAAAGAGUCAGUGAAGUGCCAGGUCUUCAUUACAGUUUGGUUUAUCCUUUCCAUGAGUUUCAAACUGGAAGAAAAUUGCGAAUGUCUCCAAUUUUCACAUCUUUAAAGGAUGCAGGUGCUGUUUUUGGUCAGGUCAUGGGAUAUGAAAGGCCAUCUUGGUUUGAACACACUGGACCAUUAUCCUCAUCAGAACCAGAUACCCCUACCAAAAAUUCAUUGAAAAAAGGGGAACGAGGGAAUCUCAAACAAGAUAUCUAUGAUGGUGGAACUCCUUACAGAGUUGCUUCUACUAAUACUUUCUCAAAACCUCCAUGGUUCAAUUAUGUAGCUGCUGAAUAUGCGGCAUGUAGAGAAACGAUUGGGUUGAGUGACUAUUCUUCUUUCACUAAAUUGGAACUUUGGUCAAAAGGUGAUGAAGUUGUGAAAACACUGCAGUACCUUUGUAGUAACGAUGUUGAUGUUGUUGAUGGUAGUAUUAUUCAUACUGGUAUGCAGAAUGAAUGUGGUGGUUAUGAAAAUGAUUGCAGUUUAAUAAGACUUGCCCAUAAUCAUUAUAUGAUGGUAGCACCUACAAUUCAACAAACUCGCUCUAAAGUCUGGAUUCAAAGGCACCUUCCAAAAGAUGGUUCUGUAUGUCUGUCGGAUGUUACUUCGAUGUUUACUGCCAUUUGCAUUAUGGGUCCUCUCACCAGGUCUCUUCUGUCUGAAUUGACUGAACAAGAUUUAAGACCUAAAUCUUUUCCUUUCUUUACAUAUAAGGAAAUCGAUGUUGGCUUGGCAAAUGGAAUCAGAGCAUUAAACCUUACACAUACUGGGGAAUUAGGUUAUGUUCUAUAUAUUCCUAAUGAGUUUGCUUUACACGUUUAUCAGAAACUUAUUGAAACUGGAGAGAAGUAUGGUUUGAAACAUUGUGGAUAUUAUGCCAUGAGAGCUCUUAGAGUGGAAAAGUUUUAUGCUUUUUGGGGACAGGACCUUGAUACAACUACAACACCUUUGGAAUGUGGAAGAACCUGGAGAGUGAAAUUUGAUAAAGGAGAAUUUAUUGGUCGUUCAGCAUUACUAAAACAACAGGAGGAAGGGGUCAACCGUAUGUAUGUCCAGCUGCUAUUGGAAGACCACGAUGAAGAAACAGACAUUUGGCCUUGGGGUGGUGAACCUAUAUAUAGGAAUGGAAAAUAUGUUGGAGCUACAACAACAACUGGCUAUGGUUUUACUUUUAAACAACAGGUAUGCCUUGGUUUCAUUAUGAACCUCGACGAAAAAGGAAAUAAGCAUAAAGUUACAAGUGAAUAUGUCUUAUCUGGUGAUUAUGAAGUUGAUGUAGGAGGUAGACUUUAUUCAGCGAAAGUCAAUCUCCAUUCUCCAAACCUUCCUACAAAAUAUCCAGACCAGGAGCGUCAAGCAUACAGUGCCACUAGAGAUAAAAUGAUUUAUGAACCAAUCCUGAGGGCUGUUCCUUAA